AGCAGGUAAAAGGCAAAGUGAGUUAAAAGAAAAGACAACCAACUGUUGCCGCCGAAGUGUUUGGAAAUUAGAAAGUAAUUUAGUUCGCUUUUUGCUGCAAUUAUGGAUCUAAAACAGCGUACUUACCUCCUGGUAACUGGGGCUUCUCGUGGCAUUGGUCGGGAGUUUGCCCAGCAGCUGGCCAAACGAAUAAAAGCCGAGGGUUCCGUGGUAACUCUUUUGGGACGCAAUCAGCCACUUUUGGAGGAGGCUAAAUCACAGAUCAAUGAUACAUUACCGGAUCUACCAGUUCAUGUUUACUCCUUAGAGUUGGAAACAGCCAAAACAGAAGACUUUGCCAAGAUCUUGGAAAGUUCCGUCGGAAGCAAGAGUUACGAACGAGCUAUAGUCAUUCAUAAUGCCGGCACCGUGGGUGAUACUUCCAAGAGAGCUAAAGAAAUCGGUGAUACGGAUUUCCUGCAGAAAUAUUACCACACCAAUGUCUUCUCCGCCAUUUCCCUGAACUGUGAGUUCAUGCGAGUCUUCCAGGGAAUCCCAAAACUGGUGGUCAAUCUUAGCACCUUGGCAGCCAUUGCUCCUAUUUCUUCGAUGGCUCAUUAUUGCACUGUGAAGGCAGCCCGUGAGAUGUACUUCCGCGUGUUGGCCACGGAGGAGUCCUCGAAGGACACAUUGGUGCUUAACUACGCCCCUGGCGUUAUAGACACCCAGAUGACCGUACAGGUCCAGCGAGAGGCUCAUGAUCCCGCAGUGGUUGCCAUGUUCCGAGAGCAAAGGGAGGCCAAGACUAUGCUGACCACCGCCCAGACCACGGAACGUUUCAUCAAGAUCCUGGAGGCUCUUAAGUUCAAGUCCGGCGAUCAUGUGGACUACAGGGAUGAUCAGUUUUAGCUUCUUUUUAUAUAGAUUUGAUGUAUGGUAAUGGGAUUUUUGUAUUAAAACAUUGAAAUUAUAAAGAAGUCUGUAGUUAUCUCUGAAAGAAAUCCCCUUUUAAUCUAUGAA